UAAAUUGUUAACGAAAAAAUAUAAAAUAGCACGGAUGAAAAUCAAGUAUAAAUUAAAUGUUUCAUAGCACAAAAAAAUGUUUUGUUUCCAAUCCCAAGGAGUUGGCCGUAUUAAACUCAUGGGUUUUAGAUUCGAAAUCUCUCGCCAAUAUUUUAAGGCUCCCGAGGCUAUGGUUCAUGGGUCCGAGGUUUGUUUCCUCUUUCAAACCAUGGAGAUAUUAGUUCAAAAUGUUAGAAUGUGAAUCAAUGGUUCAUGUCUUCACUUGGGGAUCAAGCUACCUCUUCUAGGUUGUUUCCCUUUCCACCAUAACACAAACACAUAAUCAACUAGUCAACUAUCACUCACCCUCUAGUUGUCAUAUGAUCAAACGGUGGAGAUUAACACCUUCACAGUAGGGAAAAGAAAGGUAGACAAAAUCAAAGAGAAUCAAAAGCACAUGAUUGGUUUGGAGGCACACUACUGCCGCUGCUGCAGCAGUAGAUAGAAGAACAAUAAUAUAUUCGUCCUCUGUUAAAGUUCCCUUAACACUAACCUCGCCUUCUUCUCUCUCACAUGCGACACAAAAAGGGGCUUCGAUUCGCUUGCACUAUAAGUAGAAAAUAAGAAACAAUGGACCAAGGUUGUGAAAUUGUAGAGGAGGAGGGGAUCAACAAUCUGUUAUUGGGUAUCAUGGAGGGUUACAGUGGCUCUGCGAUUCCACCAUUGUCAAUCUUCUCUCCUUGUUCCAAGAAUCAUAAUCAUUUUGAGGGUUUCAACUUGAAGAAACGAAGCAGACCCAGAAAUGGUGAGCGAGAAGAAGAAGAAGAAGAGGAUUUCGUUACUCAGAGUAGGAAGAAAGAGAGAGAGAAUAGAGAGAAGAUGAAGAAGAGCUAUGAUGUUCUUCAGUCUAUGGUCCCUAAUCUCUUCCCCAAGUCCACAAAUGAGCAGAUUGUUACUAAAACAAUAGAACACAUCAGGAAUCUUAAAAAAGAGAUCAGAAUACUGGAGUUGCUAAAACUUUCAUCAAACUCGGUGGCAGCAGAGGAUAAGAUGUCUACAACCCAAAACUCCUCCUCCAUUGAGGUUGCUGUCUCAGGUAAUGUCACAUUCUUUGGUAUUCGGUCGGAGGUUCGACAAAGUUUGGUUCCAAAGAUUUUCAUGGUCUUUCAUGAGUAUGGGGCUGAAGUUUUGGCGGCAAAUAUAGCAGUGAAUCAUGGUCAGCUAACACUCAGUGUGACAGCAAUUGUGGCUGGGAAUUAUAUCAUUGAGAAUAUCAGAAGAGACAUACUGGUUUUAUGAUUGAACUAUAUUCUUGAGUAGCAUUCUUUUGAUCAAAAUUGUUGGUAGUAAAAUGUAGAUGGGAGGUGCAUACGUGAUAUGUUAUCAGAAAGUUGUACAGUACACAUUUUACAAUGAAAAGGCUUCAAUAUUUACUGUCGAGAACGGCGAGAGACUUUGGGGUUGUGCUCAUAGAUCUCUCUGGUUUUACUU